CAAAAAUAAAUAUGAAGAAAGUGCUGCCUUAUAUGCAAUCACUCAGAAUUCCUUUGAAGAAAUAGCAUUGAAGUUUAUACGCCUGCCUCAGAAAGAAGCUUUAAAAACAUUUGUAAUGAAGAAAUUAUCAUCUUUAAGGCCUCAGGAUAAAACUCAGAUUACGAUGCUAGUAACAUGGUUGAUAGAAUUAUAUUUAAAUCAACUUGGGGAACUUAAAGAACAAAAUCAAGAUGAAUCACAAGAAUAUGUAGCUAUACAAGAAUAUUUUAGGACAUUUUUAGGACAACCAAAGGUCAAGGAUUGUUUAAGUAAUAAUCGUGGUGUGGUGUAUGAUUUAAUAGCUAGCCAUGGGGAUGUAGAAGAUAUGGUAUUCUUUGCUGUUUUAAUGAAAGACUACGAGAGAGUUAUCUCCCAUCAUCUCCAACACGAGAAUUACAAACGAGCUUUAGAAGUUCUACAAAAUAAACAGAAUGAUGUAGAACUAUAUUAUAAGUUUUCACCAAUAUUGAUGCAAUAUACACCAAAGGAAACAGUUGACGCCUGGAUUAAACAGGGGAGACAACUUGACCCUAAAAAGUUGAUACCAGCUCUAGUACAGUAUGACCAAGAAAAAUAUAAACAGCAGGGUAAUGAGGCAAUACGUUAUUUAGAAUUCUGUGUUCAGCAACUGGAUAACAAAGACACUGCUAUACACAAUUAUCUAGUAUCUUUAUAUGCUAAGAUACAACCAGCAAAUCUAAUGAUAUAUUUAGAAAUGCAAGGGGAGAACAGUGAUAACAUAUGUUAUGAUGUAAAAUAUGCUCUAAGAUUAUGUACAGAAUAUAAACAUACUAAAGCUUGUGUACAUGUUUACUGUAUAAUGGGUUUAUAUGAAGAAGCUGUUGAUAUGGCUCUCUCUGUGGAUGUUGAGUUAGCUAAACAGAUGGCGUCUAAACCUGAUGAGGAUGAUGUCGAUAUCAGAAAAAAACUCUGGCUAAGAAUAGCGAGACAUGUUGUAGAAGAAGAAAAAGAUGUUAAACGAGCAAUGGAGUUUUUACAUGAUUGUGAACUUUUAAAAAUAGAAGAUAUUUUACCAUUUUUCCCAGAUUUUGUUACUAUUGAUCAUUUUAAGGAAGCAAUUAUUACAUCACUACAAGAAUAUAACCAACAUAUAGAUUCCCUAAAAGAUGAAAUGGAAGAAGCUACACAAAGUGCCGAGGAAAUCCGAAAAGAAAUACAGAGUUUUAGAAAUAAAUAUGGUUUUGUUAAAGCAGAAGAUAAAUGUUCAGCAUGUAAUUAUCCUCUAAUGGUGCGAGCAUUUUAUCUGUUUCCAUGCCAACACAAAUUCCACAUGGAUUGUUUAAUAGCAGAGGUUUUACCAAGUUUACCCAGUUCUAAGAAGACUCAAGUUGAAGGUUUACAGCGCAAACUAGCUGAACGUGAUGAUAAUAGGUUGAGAAAGCCAAGCUCAAUGUCAAAAACAUCAGACCUGGAGGUCAAGACACAACUGGAUAAUCUUGUAGCAUCAGAAUGUAUUUUCUGUGGUGAUUUUAUGAUCAGAUGUAUAGAUAAAUCAUUUAUAGAAGAUGAUGAAUGGAUAACAGCAGAACAAGAAUGGGAAUAAAUAUUCAUUUGUUUAUAUUGAAUCUUAAUAGACUAUAUCUAUCAGGAGAAAUAGAAUUCAGAUAUAUUCAACAGCAAUAUAUCAUUCUUACUAUUGACUUGAUAAUAUAGGAAGACGGCCCUCGAAAUAUAAAUAUGGAGACAGCAUGAAAUAUAAGGAGGAUUGCUAUAAUGAUUGUAUUCAUUCAAAUACAAAGAAAAAAUGUAAAGUCAAUCAUGUGUAGAAGUUGGGCCUACAAAAUAAAUAUACGUCACAAAUAAUGAACCAACACCCAAAACUAUUAUAUGAUAGACUGUUAUAUCUUACUUCAUUUUAAUGAUGACUGUAAAUACAAUGUACUAUAGUUGUCAUCUGCUUCAACUAUUAUUUAAUGGGGGGGUUGGAUGGCUGAAUGGUUAGCGCAUGUGCGUUGUAUCACACAGCCUGUCAUUGAGUCAACUGGCGCGGUUUCAAUUCCUCGGUUGUACGUGACAAAGAGUAGGAUUGCCUGUCCAACCUCAUGGGUUUUGUUUGGGUCCUCCGGUUUUCUCCCACUGCUAAAAAACCCUAUGCGCAAGUGGAUUAUUUAAAUGAAAUUAAACCAUAUGUUAGUCCCGAAAUGACCUAGUUUGUGUCGAGUGGACGUUAAUCCCCAUUUCUCUCUCUCUGUUAUUUAAUGACUACCGAAAUACUGUGUAGAUGAAACAUUAAACCCCAUUCCGUGUUCUCUUAUUGUGGGUCGACCCCCUACUAUAUCAGCAAUUGAAAAUACCUGCACAAAGACUGAUCUUGGUUAGUUAAUAAAACACUAUGAGCCCGGGAUCUUAAUCGGCUGAUUUUUGUCAGCUUCAUCUGAAGCUACAAGUUGUUGCUCACUUUCAAUCAAAACAAUAACCAAUCAAAUUUCAUGUAUUGGUGGAAUGAUACCUAGCACUAAGCAUUGUGAAGAGUCUGUCAUAAUUGAGUGUAAUGCAGUUGUAAGUUGUAAAAGUGAAAUGAUCCAUUCUAUGGGUCAAUAUUAUGUGUUUUUUUGAAAUUUUAUAAAAAUUAUCUUAUUUUCUGCCAUUUCGUUCAGUAGCAGUUCUACGUCGAGUUUAAAGAUGCCUUGCAUUAGAUAUCUUGACUGGUCAUUAAUAAAUAAUUUUCAUGUUAAAUUUGCUAUGAUUUGAUCAAGUUGCAUGAAUGGUAUUCAAAUUAGUAAUUUUUAAAGUUUAACUUUAAAUCAUGUGACAAGCAACUAAUUAUACUUGCCUCCCUUUAUCUAUAACAAUGGGGGAUGCUCGAUUGUCAAUCCUGAACGUCCAAAUUGAAAGAAUUUCAGUCAGAUAUGACACAGAAUGCAGUCGUAUCAAAGUUCUAUCUUUCCUGACAUGCUGUGAGUAGAACUGUGACGUAAUUAAACACAACGAAUAUGUUUCAGCUGUUGGUUGAGAUAUUUUCUAAUGCAGUUGAUGCAUGCAUUAUAGCCCGAAAUCACCCUUUUUGCUAUUUUGGGCAUUGAGUGAAUACAAUUCCUGAACGUUCAAUCGAGUAUCCCCUAUGAAUUGGUCUAUUGCACGUCAUUGUGAAAUUGCUUGUUAUACUAUAGAAUAUUUUUUUUGUUUUUGUUGAAAAUGAUGUACAUGAUUCAUAUGUUAUAAAU